GGGAGGACGUGUUUUAUCAGGGAAUAUAAAUCAGGAUGCUCUUGAGGUCUGUUUUCUACGGAAUAUUAAUGAUAUAGAAAAUUGAUUUUCCUGACAUCACUUUCGUACUAAUGAAGCAGUUUUAAUUGCAGUAGAAUCUCCAUUAUCCGAUGUAAUAUUGAAUCACUCAAUAAAAUUAAAUUAACAUUAGAUAAUGCAAUCAAAAAUGGUAAUUGUAGUGUAUUUGAUUGUUUUGAACAUGAGCAUGAUUAUAGCAUGCCAGCAACGUUUGAUUGCAUCAUAUAUUUUAUUACUGGACGUAUUUGUCAGCAAUUGUUGACAUUUAUACAAUGUACAACAUACAAGGAAUCAGUUACUGCAAAUACUAAUAAUUACAGUGCCAAACAAAAAUUCGGUGACGAACUGUCAUGUAUAAUAAUAUGGGAAUGUGAUAGAUUCUUUACACAUAGAUAUGAGUUAAAUAAAUAUUUAAUAGAUAAGGGAUAUGAAGAGGGAGAAGAUGUACAGCAGAUGAUUUUAAAAGGGGAAAUGGGAGUGAUAAAACGUAUGUCCAGAUUCCUAGACAGACUUCAAAAAGUUAUUUAGAGGUUAAGGCAGAGGAUUUAAAAUCGUUGAGUUUUUUCGCCUUCCCACUCUUCGGGGGUGAGGAAUUUUAGAGGCUGCCCAGUGCAACCGUAAAUUGUCUUUAUUUAAAUAAGAGAGAAUAUGAAAAGGUAAGAGAAGUAUGUUAUCUGACUGAGAGAGUUUUAUAGAAGAGUGCUGUUGGUUUUUUGAGUGGUUUUGUAUGAAGUGUUUGCCUUUCCAGCCUUAGAAAAGAGCAAACGUUGUUAGUGUAUACUUUUGUUUGUAAUAAGUUUUUAUUUUGUAUGUUGGACAAUAAUUUUCGUUGGGCAAUAUAGGGGACGCUUCCCCCUGAAACGCCAUCUUGGGCUUCGCCCAAGAAAAAAAUAUAUAGAAUAGAAUAGAACAGUAAGGACGUUGAAGAGACAAAAGAAGGUGAUAGGGAAAGUCUCACGGUAGCAACCGUAGACAACGGACGUACGGAGACGGGGCACGCGUGAUUAGGAAGUUUUUAAGGAGAUUUUGGUUUGGGAACUUGAGUUUUCACUAGUGCUUUUUUAGGGGGUUUUUCCUACAUAAAAGUGUUUCCUCUUGGAUCGCUUAUUCCCUGGAAGGCGAACCCAGGAGAGAAUAGUGAACAAGGAGGGUGCGGUCUCUCCCUGCGACAAGACUGUGUCGCAGGGAGGAGAUGUUGGGACAAGAAGUGUUGGAAAGGUAAGGAAGGAAAGUAUAGAAAGGAAGAAAAGGAGCAAAAGUGAAGGAGAAAAAAUUAGAAAAUUGGAAAAAAAAACGGAAGAUUUCAAUCUAAGUAUGAUUGAAUUCGAGGCAGAAUGUCUGGAAGAGGAUCCCGAGGCUAGGGAAUUUUUUGAAACUCUCAACAGAAGUAGAAAACCGUUGAAGGAUGCCAACCUCAAGGAUGAAGAAGCUGGUGGCCCAAGCAUGAUAGUGGAAGAAAGCAAAGAGAAGAGUAGGGAAUUCGUAGCCCCCCCUAGUGAGGUGGCUAUGGAGCAGGGGAAGGGUGGUACCCCUGGGAAAAAGAAGGGGAACAAGAAGAAGGAGUCUACAGAUCAUUCUGUGAAGAGUACGGCUAAUGUAAGGAUAGGAUUGGAAGAGAGUAGAAAAGUAAGGAAAAGAGCGGCGGAAGAAGAGACGGAGAUCAACGAGGAAGGUUCGAAAAGGGAUAAAAAAGAAGGUGAAGAAUUCGUAGUGGACAAUAGUCCCCUCGCAGGCGCAAAACGAGCAACCACACCGGUCCGGCAAGUUGGAACGCCAUUGAAAGACAAGACGGAAGGUGAGACUAUUGAAGGAAUAGCGGAAAAGGACGCUAUACCCCUAGGAAGAAAAACAAAUAGAAGAAUAGAGCGAGGUGAGGGAAAUCAAUUUUACGUCGAAGAGCUGAGAAGUAAAGAAUAUAUGAUUACAAUGGUGUUGGGGAGGGAGUGUACAAGCAAGUUUAAAAGAAAUAAUAUAGUUAAGAUCUAUAAAAUACUUGGAUCUCGGUCACGCUUCCUUCGGGGGCUUAAAAUGGUGGGUUUUAAUAAAGCGGAAAUUACUUUUAGCGACAUGGCGGCCGCGAACGCUAUCCUCAAAAUGGCGGAGCAGGAGGGAGCAGGUUUCGAGGCCUUCCUCCCAGAACGGAAGAAAACGAGGAAAGGUGUAAUUACUGAAUGGGAGGACUCAAUAGAAGAUUUAGAGGACUUCAUAAUGCCUGGGCAAGGCGAGUUUAAAUUUGAGAGGAUGAAGAAGAAGGUAGUUAAGGACGGAAAGAGCGUUUGGACUGAGGGGGUUGCGAUACUAGUUACUGUGAAAGGGGACCGAUUGCCAACGGACUUGAAGAUUGGUGCGGGUCAUGUGGCUCUACGUAUUUUCCCAUACGUAGAGCAAGUAAAGCAGUGCUAUAAGUGCUUCGCUUAUGGUCAUGUACAAAUGCAAUGUAGAAGCUUAAAAAAGUGUUUAGUGUGCUUGGGGAGGGAGCAUGGUGCGUGUGACAAGACCCCUGUGUGUCUCAACUGUGGAGGCAACCAUACGUCCCUUUCGAAGACCUGUUGGAUUCAUCAGAGGGAGAAACUAAUCAGAAAGGUUAUGGCAUACAAGAACGUUGCAUAUGCAACAGCCAAGGGGAUAGUUGCAAGCCAGUUGGGAGAGAAUUGGGAUGAAGAGGACUUGGGAAGGGACGCUGGCAGCAGAGACUAUCCCAUGCUGCCAACGAGAAGAACGGAGUGGUGGGAGGCAAAGGAGGUGCCCAUGGAGGACGAGUUGGAACUGUUGAAGGAAGCAAAGAAGAAGGUGAAAGGAGAUAGGGUUGGAAUAAGAAGAUGGGAAAGCUUCUCUGAGAAUAUGAGAAGAAAACAGGCAGGAGGAAGAAGCAGGGGAAGAGGAAGACUAAGGCUGGAAGAGUAUGCCGCUGAGGACAGAUCGCCCCGCACACAAGGGGUAACAAUAAAUGUGGCAAAUAGAUUUGAUUCCCUACAACAGGAAGAGGUGGAGACUGGCCAGGAGGAAGCGGAGUAUGUGUUUGGGGAGGGGCUCCCGGUAGAACGCGCCAUCAAGAGGAUGAGUAAGAUGGAGCAACGUGCCCAAGAAAGGAUUAUUGGGCAACUAGAAAAGAAAAGGGAUGAAGAGUUCCUGUCAGAUUUGAUGAAGUUAAUAAAGGAAAAGGGUUAUGAGCAGGAAGUUGAGAGAAUGUUAAAUGACAAUAAAAGAGAGGACCAGAGGACAGAGGAUGAGGAAUAUGCGUAUUGGAAUACGACCAGGCACAGGCCCAAUUGGGAUAUUCCCAUCCCGGAGAAGACAAGGGAGAAGUUGAGAAGAAGGAAAGAAAAAUAUGAAGCACAGAAAGCGGCAAAGGAAGCGCAAGAACAAACACUGGAAGAUAUAGCUGUCCGAGCCCACCAACAAUAUGGAUGGACUAAAGAAAGAGCAAAUCAGGAAGAUGACUAUAGAAGAGGAAGACUAGAAGACCUCAUGAGAAGAAUAGAGGGGAGAGUGUGUGGAAAUAGAGAGACUUUUAAUGAUGAGUAAAGAUAUGGACAGUAAGGAAGGGAUGAGAGUGGGUUAUGUAGGUAUGCGAGACUUUGAGGUGAAAACCAUGCGUGGCUUAGUUUUAUUCGUAGAUAUAGAUAUGUUAUUAAUAAUUAGAGUAAUUUCGUUUACAAUAGCGAUAUCAUAUAAAAGGUAUGCUCUAUGGUAUUGUGACUGGUUGUUACUGAGCGCACGUGACUUAGAUUGUGUGUCGCGCUGGGAUGAGUGGAUGUAUGGGUCGAAUCUCUCGACCAGGGUUACAUUUACAGGUGAAAGAAGAUUAAGUAUGGAAGAAAUCCAAGAAGGGGUUAAGUAUUGUAAGAAAAGCAGGCUGGGGGAAGAAGAGGCUUCGCCUCGGAUAACGUGGUGUGAUCAAAUAGAAACGCCACGGAAAGGUAUUGAUAGCUUAUAUAAUUUAAUCGAUGUUAUGUAUUUGAGAAUACGAGCCUCCUAUGGGGGACGUAGAGUUGGUGAGGGGAAAUUUCAUGUUAAAUGUAGACAAUGUGAUGUGGAUUUUAAUGACAUAAAGAUUAAAAGCAUA